UUUAUUAGUUUAAAUUACUAUUGCCAUUGCUAUCAAAGUCAGAUCAAGUUGUAGCUAGUAGUUUAUAAUACCUUCUGCUACCCAGAAAUGCGACGCUUCAGACCAGGACCGCGGAUCGAGAGCUCCGGCUAGAACCAAAACACAAAGUCAGCGAAUCACGCACUGAAACAAUAGGGACAACAAUUGAAAGAAACUAACCUUACCGCAGUUACGAACAAUGUGGUCCCAGUCACAACUCUCGAUUCAGGGAUUGCGGCUCUGGGAACUAGAAUGUUUAUAGUAGUAUCACCACUGUUGUAAAAACUAUAUCAAGUUGAGUUCCUGUUUAAUGGUAAUAUUUGUCUAGUCAACGAACGUCUAUUACUACCAAUAAACCAAAAGUUGAAAUACAAGAAUUUCAAAUUAUAAAGUGCAAAAUUAGAACUUGUUUUUAAAGUUACUAUUUCCUCACAUUCCACCCUUUUCAUUGGUAAGAUCUUUUACCAUAAGAAAUAAAAUUGCAGGCUAAUGCACAUAUAACAGUCUAACCGGUGGGCUAUGGUGUUUCCAUCAGGGGGGAUUACAUGCUGGCGAAAAAAUAUUUGAAGUCUUUUGUAAAAGUCAUAAAAAAUAAUACAAAAAUAUCUAUCUAAAGAUCAAAGGUUCUUUACUGGGAAACUGAUUUAUUAUGAGGAUUUAAUGUCUUGCAUAGUAAGAUGGAAGCAGUGGCAAUAUCACAAUUCACGAGUUCUUUGUAUCCACAGUUGAUUCAAACAACUAGGCACCUUUCAACAGACAUUAUUUUUUUGCGUAUUCUCUGAGCGCGAGAAAAGCACGCGGCACGAGGCAAGCUUCUCCCCUCGCGUGAAUCCCUCGCGCUUGUCUUGCCUGCUCGAGAAACGUAUAAGAAAAAAAGGCUAACGACGAUAGACUGAAACGUUUAUAGGUUGAUAUAAAGACCUUGACUCAUUUCACGCCCUAAAGGCCGGCAAACGAGUUAUAAGCUAUUUAUCAAUUCCAAGAAAUGCAAUCAAAGGUAGAAUAGCUUGCAAAUGCAAAUCUGCAAUACCCCUCCGCAAGCACAUCGCUGUGACUGAAUUUCACUUAGUUCAAUUGCAUUAUAGCGCUUCUCGUUAUAACGACUGCCUGGGUACACUCAGCAAGGCGUGUACCUAGUUCAGUAUUUUAAGCUAUUGCGGGCCCGUUGAAAAUACUUCUGUAGCCUUAAAGUUUUGAUUUAGAGUGUUUUUUACUUCUAGGACUGUCGGCGAUUUUAACCACUUCGAUGACAACGUCACCAAAACACCACUGGAACAACACCACAACGCCACCCACAGAGCAACCAACAAAGCCACCCAUAGAGCGACCCACAAAGCAACCCACAGAGCGACCAACAAAGCCACCCACAGAGCUACCCACAACACUACCUACACCAACUGAGACACAACCUCGCAUUUGUAAUACAGCAAAGUGCUAUCAAGUUGCUGAAGUUAUUUCCAAUCAGCUGAACAAGACUAUGGAUCCGUGUGACGAUUUUUAUUCCUACGCAUGCGGAGGGUUCUUCAAAACCCAUCAUCUCGGUGUGAAUCAGAGUAAUGUUGGUGGCUUCACUAUCGUGAACGACGACAACAUGGAGGUUUUAAGACGAGCUAUGGAGACUGCUGCUUCAAACAAUUCACAGGUAUGGCAUGAAGUUGACCUCAGUUGACGGAGUACGUUUCCUCGGGAGCUCAAUUCUUCCUUUACACGAGCAGCGUCUAUGAUUUGACUCAAAAAUUUCUUUUCUGGUGACGUAGUUCCACCAGGAUCCGUGUGGUGUAUUUGAUUCGUUGUUUAAUAAUUGCGCGCGAAACUUCAAAACCGAGAUAGAAACAACACAGUCGCAUUGACAGACCAAUGAUCUCUACAGCAGCCAAAUGCCAGUACCGUAAGUGAAUUUUUUGUGUCAAAUCUGAGACGGUUCUCAACGGAAAAAUAAUGAGUUCAAUAGGAACGUCUGUUUAUUCUGGUUAGAAGUAUUAUAAUUACGUUUGUGACCGCAAACUGUUCUCGAUGAUAACGUAUUACCAUCUUGAAUGCAUACUUUUGUUCAACUGAGGCUGGUUAAAUGUCUUUGGUAUCUUGUAGAGCUCAUCUAUUGUGAAAACUGCCAAGAUCUACGAUACAUGCGUAGAUACUGCUGCCAUUGAGCGUCGAGGGAUUUCACCUUUGGAAAACUUAAUAAAGCAGUACGGUGGCUGGACAGUGACUGGGGGUGGAACGAACUUGUCGUGGACAGUGGCAGAGACAAUGGGUGCCGUUCUAAGAGACUUGAAUGUACAGACCUUGCUUUCGGUAUCCGUUAGUGCAGACCCACAGGAUUCAAGCCAACACAUUCUGAGCGUAAGUAUAAUUACGAUAUUCCUUGUUUUUUUUGUACCACAUAGCUUUAUUAUCAUUGAAUCUACAUGUAUAUCAAU